AUGGACUUUACCUUUGGAGGAAAGUACAGACUCGAAGAGGAACUCGCCGUUGGUGGUUGUGGUACCGUUUUCUAUGGCGUCCACAACGUCGCGGGCAAAGAGGUCGCGAUCAAGGUUGAGCCUGCAAUCGCGAAACACAGCCCUCUCAGACACGAAUCAAAGAUAUACAAGAGCCUCAUGGGCGGUCCAGGAGUUCCCUGGAUUCUCUACUCGGGCAAACAGGGAGAGUACAACGUCAUGGUCAUCGACCUCCUCGGUCCUUCUCUCGAGGACCUCUUCAAGAUGUGCAAUCGUCACUUCUCCCUCAAGACCGUCUUACUGUUAGCCGAUCAGCUUCUCCUCCGAACUGAGUUUAUUCACGCGAAUGGGCUCGUCCAUCGCGACAUAAAGCCUGCAAAUUUCGUCAUGGGCACUCAUCAAGCCUCCCAUCUCGUCAAUGUCAUUGACUUUGGCCUCGCCAAAAAAUACCGUGAUCACCGAACAGGCGCUCAUAUCCCAUACCACCAAGACGAGCAUCACGGCGUCGGCACAUCUCUUUUCGCAUCCAUAAACACACAUCAGGGUAUCGAAUGCUCACCACGAGAUGACCUCGAGUCCCUAUCCUACAUGCUCAUCUACUUCCUUCGGGGCACAUUACCGUGGAGGAAACUGAAGAGCACGACCGUGUCGGGAACCUGGGAUCUCAUCAGGGACGCGAAGCUCCAAUGCGAAAGUGCGGGCACGUUGGUUCAUGGGCUUCCUAGAGAGUUCAAGACCCUCCACGAGUAUGCCCGCGGGCUCCAGUUUGGGGAUACGCCGGAUUAUACGGCUUUAAGGCGGAUGUUCCACGAUUUGGGGGACAGAAUGGGCGUCGUGUAUCCAGAAUUGGAGCUCGCGGGCUCAGACGUGUCGCAGGAAUGGAGAGGAUUCGAUUGGAUGGUGGGCAGGAAGGGAGAGCGGAGAGGAAGGACGUGCGCGGCUUGCAAGAAGAGGGCCGAAGCAUUGUGGGCGACUUCAUGA